UGAUCAUUACAAGGUGACAACUUCACUACCAGUCCUCCUCGAAACCAUACAAUGGAGUUUCUUCGUUGGAUUGUUUGUCUCUUAGCCGGCGCAGUCCUCCUCAUCUCAACCCUCCUCCGGCACCGCCGUAAGAACCUUUCAUUGCCGCCAGGGCCUAAACCCUGGCCCAUAAUCGGAAACCUAAACCUCAUUGGUCCCCUUCCCCACCGAUCCAUUCAUCAACUCACCCUUAAGUAUGGACCCAUUAUGCAGCUAAGGUUCGGUUCUUUCCCUGUGGUGGUUGGCUCCUCCGUCGAGAUGGCUAAGGUUUUCCUAAAGACCAUGGAUGCUAAUUUCGUUGGCCGCCCAAAGUUGGCUGCCGGAAAAUAUACAACAUACAAUUACUCCAACAUUACUUGGUCCCCUUACGGGACGUACUGGCGGCAGGCGCGUAAGAUGUUUCUGAUGGAGAUCUUCAGCGCGAGGCGGGUAGAUUCGUUCGAGUUCAUCCGAGUCGAGGAGUUGAACUCGUUUCUUGUCGACUUGUUUAACUCGGCUGGAACUCCGAUCAUGCUUAAAGAUCAUUUGACAUCGUUGAGUUUUAAUGUCAUAAGUAGAAUAGUUCUUGGAAAGAGGUAUUUAGAUAAAGAUGAGAAAACAGUGAUUUCAUCAGAAGAAUUCAAAGAGAUGUUGGAAGAGUUGUUCUUUCUAAAUGGGGUGUUUACUAUUGGGGAUUCAAUCCCUUGGUUGGCUUUCUUGGACUUGGAGGGGUAUGUGAAGAGGAUGAAGAUAUUGGCCAAGAAGUUUGACAAAUUUCUAGAGUAUGUGCUCGACGAGCACUCCGCGAGGAGGUCCGUCGAUCAAGAAAACUUCGUAAGCAAGGAUAUGGUGGACGUGUUGUUGCAACUAGCCGACGACCAGACCCUCGAGGUCAAGCUUGAAAGGCAUAGUGUCAAGGCUUUCACUCUGGAUCUUUUAGGCGGCGGAACCGAUACUUCAACUGUCACAUUAGAAUGGGCAAUGUCGGAGAUGUUGAAGAAUCCAGAUACUUUAAAAAAGGCACACGAAGAGUUGAACCGCGUCAUUGGCCCUAAUCGUUGGGUCAAAGAGAAUGACAUGUCAAAUCUCCCUUACAUAGAUGCUAUAACAAAAGAAACUAUGCGGUUGCAUCCCGUAGUUCCAAUGCUUGUGCCGAGAGAGUGUCUAGAGGAUUGUAAAAUUGCAGGCUACGACAUUCCUCGAGGAACUCGAGUCCUAGUAAGCGUGUGGAGCAUCGGACGAGAUCCAACACUUUGGGAUGAACCAGAACAAUUCAACCCAGAUAGGUUCAUUGGGAAGACAAUCGAUGUGAAAGGGCACGAUUUUGAGCUUCUUCCAUUCGGGGCGGGCAGGCGAAUGUGCCCGGGGUAUAGCCUAGGGUUAAAGGUGAUCCAGACUAGCCUAGCUAACCUCUUGCAUGGGUAUAAGUGGAGUUUGCCUAAAGGGAUGAGCAGUAAAGACUUGAAUAUGGAAGAGAUUUUUGGACUUACAACUCCAAAGAAAAUCCCUCUUGUAGCAGUGGUUGAGCCUAGGCUUCCACAUCAUUUGUACCAUGUUAUUUCAAACAAAUAAUUAUUUGUCUAUCCUAAUAUAUUAUAUGACUAAGGUAU